UGCAAUUCUCUCUCUCUAUCUCUCUAAAAUAAACAAAGAUGAUAAUAGUCUUCAAACCAAUUCAAACAUCUUUUACAGUCCACAAACAUACCUUCUUAUAUACACCAAAACUUCCCAAUUCAAAGACCUCCUCCUUCCUGCGCUUCUGCCAGUCCAACACUUCUGAUUCAAGUGAAGGAGACCCUCAAAAGCAGGAGAUACUGGCCAGAAUAGCUCAGCUUCAAACUCAAAAACUCCGACUCACCAAUUUCUUAGACGAAAAAUCAGCUGAUCUCACUCAGUUUGCUGAAGAGGCCGAUGCCGAGUUCGAGAAGAUUGGAGAAGAUGCCUUCAAAGAGAUUGAGGAUGCCAGUGCCCGGAUUAUGGAGAACAUUGAGAGCCAGAUGCAGGUCUUUGAGGAGUCUGUAGAGUUAAACAGGCAAGAAAUAGAGAAAAAUGAUGAUAUGUUGGCUAAAUUUGAAGGCCGAAUCGAAGAAGAACGAAAUGAAGGCCUUUUCUUUAAGAAUCUGAGACAGAGAAAGCCUGUAGACAAAGAGAAUGCUAAAGUUGAAAUGGAGAAGAUUAAAGAGCUUACAAAUGAAACCGCUGGUUCCAAGACGAGGCGAUAUAUCUACCUUGCAUUCAUUGGCCUGCUUGUUAUAGCGAUUGCCGAGUCGUUCCUUUCUUCACCUGAUUGGCGAAAAGUUGCAGUUCUUGGGGUAGUUCUUAUUGCUAUGGUUUUUCAGUUUUCGUAUGAACAAAGGUUGUCAUCUGAAAUGGAAAAAACAGACAUCAAAGAGCAGCCUGAAGAAAAAAAGUGAAGGGAGUUUUGUUAUUGAUGAAAGUAUGAGCAAAUGAAAGAAAAGAAUAACUAUAGCAUGAGGCAUAACCCCAAGUAAAUCCUCUCUACUUGAGGCUGAUACAUCAAGCAACUUCACUUUUGCAUCGAUAACAUUUGGCCUUGGAGAUUAUGACUUCAAUCACCAUGACCUCUGUAAUGAAUUACAACAUUUGAUGCUUGGAAUUUUCAUGGCAGUCAUUUGAAAAGAUCUUGUACCAAUAUCUUCAACAUAAUUACAUUACCUAUUUUCAAGUGAGCAA